AUGGCACACCCCAGCGAGGCCAAGUCCAAGAUCCUGGCGCGGGGACCGUUGGAAAACAGUGAAGCAAAAUGGGCUCGGCUCGUCAAGACCACCUACUGUGAUCCUUUAGGCGUAGAGCGAACUUGGGAGUCAGCCGAACGCCAGACCCGCCCGGCGGACUGUGCCAUUGAUGGCGUCGGAAUUGUCACAAUCCUCAACAAACCCACUGGCGCCGAGCUCCUCCUGCAGAAACAAUACCGGCCCCCCAUCGACAAGAUCGUCAUCGAAGUCCCCGCUGGUCUGAUCGACGCGGGCGAGACGCCUGAGGAAUGUGCCGUGCGCGAGCUGAAAGAGGAGACGGGUUAUGUUGGUGAGGCGGAGCAGGUUAGUCCGAUUAUGUACAAUGAUCCCGGUUUCUGUACCACGAACUUGAAUAUGGUCCAUGUCCGGGUGGAUAUGUCUCUGGCCGAGAACCAGGAUCCGAAGCCCGAGCUCGAGGAUAAUGAGUUUAUUGAGUGUUUCAGCGUUCCGUUGGCUACUUUGUUCGAGGAGUUGAAGAGGCUGGAGAAGGAGGGCUAUGCUAUUGACGCGCGGGUGGGUACGCUGGCGGAGGGAAUAGAGCUGGCGAAGAAGUUGAAGAUGUGA